AUGGCCACCGCCUCCACCAUGUCCCUGCUCCCCAUCUCGCACCUCAAGCAGAUGCAGCAGCAGCGGCGCACGCGGCUCGCCGGCGCGCUCCCCGGGAAGGUGCUCGUGCUCGGCCGCCGGAGGCGCCACGUCGUGCCGCGGGCGCGGCUGUUUGGUCCGGCCAUCUUCGAGGCGUCCAAGCUCAAGGUGCUGUUCGUGGGGGUGGAUGAGGAGAAGCACCCGGGCAAGCUGCCGCGGACCUACACGCUCACCCACAGCGACGUGACGGCGCGGCUGACGCUGGCGGUGUCGCACACCAUCCACGCCGCGCAGCUGCAGGGCUGGUACAACCGCCUGCAGCGGGACGAGGUGGUGGCCGAGUGGAAGAAGGUGCAGGGCGCCAUGUCGCUGCACGUCCACUGCCACAUCUCCGGCGGCCACUUCCUGCUCGACCUCAUCGCGCCGCUCCGCUACUACAUCUUCCGCAAGGAGCUCCCCGUGGUUCUGAAGGCGUUCGUGCACGGCGACGGCAGCCUGUUCAGCCAGCACCCGGAGCUGGAGGAGGCCACGGUGUGGGUCUACUUCCACUCCAACAACCCCAACUUCAACCGCGUCGAGUGCUGGGGCCCGCUCCGCGAUGCCGCCGCGCCCUACGACGACGAGAACGCCACCGCCAGUGGCCCCGGCGGUGCCCCGGGCAGUGCGACUGCUGCUUCCCGCCAGAGUGCCUCAUCCCCUGGCCGCAGGAGCACGAAAUGGCCGCCGACGCCGGCCAGGCGCCGCCGCAGUGAAGCCGGAGUGCGGACACAGAUUAGCCGACCGAAUCGUUCAGCUCGCCAAGUCGUGUCACGAUCGGGAGGUGUCGGGACGGCUCUGGGCUCUGGAGUCGUUGCGGAUUUGGCAACCGUUGUACAGUAUUUCUCUGCUCUGGAACCGAAAGUGUGUGCGUUGGUAACGGUAGCUGUCGGGGUUGGCGUGCCGGUCUGGGUAAAACUGGGUCGGGAACUUUCUCACGAGUGA